AUGGCAAUAUUUUAUAGAUCUGGAGCUAAAGUGAGAGAAGUUCGUAGUUCCGGAAGUAUCAUGAAAUAUAUAGAGUACUUUAACGCGAAGAGUAUAAUUGAUAUUACAAAUCGAAUGGCUAUUAAUAACCCAGAAAUGGUCCACGUUAGCCAUUUGAUGCCGCGUACGUCACAAAAUAAUACAAUUGUUGCUUUAGAACUUCGCAGCGACACACACAGCAGAAAGCCUGGAAUACUUGUAGUCGGAGCACUGAACGGUAUGGCGUGGGGUGCUCCGAGCUCAAUCAUAGAUUUGGCGGAUAAGCUACUGUAUGAUGCAAAUUAUCAAACGCCAUUUUUUAACGAUUACGAUUGGUACCUAAUUCCACUAGUUAACCCAGAUGCCCUAGAUUUUACAAGGAGUCUUAGAAAUCAUCGGACUAUAAAUGGGAUUGUUUGGGCCCGUAACAUUACGGCUAGAAAUAACACUAAACCUUCGGAGUGGUAUAAGAAUGUCGACUCAGAUAUGCAGUGCUUCGGUACGAACAUAAAUAGAAACUUUGCGUACCAUUGGCAAGAUGAUGUACGGAAAACCCCUGACAAUUGUUCUCAGCACUAUCCAGGUGUCAGACCGUUCUCAACGCCUGAAUCGCGUGCUAUCCAUCAAUAUAUGCAUAAGCUCGGUGACUCAAUUAGUCUCGCUAUACACGUAGAAGCUAGCUUCGUAGCUAAGAAGCACAGUCCAGCCACUACAGAGCUGAUUUUUGCACAGGAAUUUAUCUUAUACCCGUGGCAAUAUACAUUGCGUCAGCCGAGUAACGGUAGAACUUUACAAGCAAUCGGCGAGUAUGCGGCGAGACAAGCGAGACUUCCAGACGGUCGACUUUUUGAGGUUCACCAAAACAGCAAUGAUGGUGUCGUGGCUGGAUCUCUAACGGACUACAUUUCAGGAGUUCUAGGAACUGAUUUAGUUUUUCUAGUGAAGCCUUAUCACCCUACUUAUCCUAACAUUAAUGAUACUGCAGCGCUUGAACUGUAUGUGAAGAAAACUAUUGCCGCCAUUUUUGGUUUAGUCAGAGGCUGGAGGAGCAGUACGAAGCAAAAUACUUUGUCGUUCUUUGGAAAGGACGUGGAAUUUUGA